AUGGAGGACGACGGUGAACUGGACGACGACGGAUAUGGUCGGACUUCUGGACACAGUGGUCGUCGGCGGCUGAGAUGGGCUGGGCUCGGUGGACGCUGUGCUGUGGACGGCGGACUUCUGGAGAGAGGAUCUUGUGCGUGUAUUUGUGUCGGACGACGGCGAAUGGCGGGGGUGGCGGGGGGUGGCGACGGGUGGCGUCGGACGGCGGCGAAAGGCAGUAGGUGGCGGCAGGCUUCUUUUCCGGUGCUGCUCAACUCUUUCAAGCUCCAAGAAAAUAGGGCUUACGCCCACUCUCAAGUCUCAGCAUCAGAUCAAAAGCCGCCGGAAACCGGCGCAAAUCUGAUGAAAAUUAGCUUCCCGGCGACAUUUUCCCGGCCGCAAACUCUGCCGCUUUUACUCGCCCCAUUCUUUCAGAACUCAUUUGGUGUGCAAAGGCUGCGGUCUGUGCACGCGUUGCGCAGCAGGGGAGAUAUUGCUGUGUUGCGCGCCAGGAGCAUGGCUCGGAGCUCAGAGAACUGUGGUGGGGAUUUGAGGGGCGAUGCUGAAAUGGGUUUUUUGCGGCCGGCCACGGAGGAUUAUGUGGCAGAAGCUAUUGAGGCUGUGAGGGCCGGGAAAGUGAUUGCAGUGCCGACCGAUACACUCUAUGGCUUUGCCUGUGAUGCUUGCUCGAUGGAAGCUGUUCAUCGGAUAUAUGAUAUCAAAGGGCGUAAACAUACUAGCCCUCUAGCAAUUUGUGUAGGAGAUGUUCAAGAUAUUCCACGUUUUGCCACAACCGACCAUUUGCCUCAUGGCUUGCUCGAUUCCCUUCUACCGGGACCCGUUACAGUUGUUCUAAAACGAGGAGAGUCGAGUAUCCUUGAGAAGUCUCUAAAUCCUGGAUUGGAUAGCAUAGGUGUUCGGGUGCCCGAUUCUAAUUUCAUUAGAUUAAUUUGCCGAGGUUCGGAGAGUGCUCUUGCCCUCACAAGUGCAAAUCUUAGUGGCCAGCCGAGUAGUGUGGAUGUUAAAGAUUUUGAGAUUUUGUGGGGUCACUGUGCCUACAUCUAUAAUGGUGGUGUGAUUCCAUCAAGCCGUGCAGGAUCAACGGUUGUGGAUCUUACUAAGCUAGGACAGUAUAAAAUUCUAAGGCCCGGAAGUGCCGAAGAGGAGACUGUUGCAACCCUCGAAAGAUUUGGCCUUGUUGAAGAUAGCAAUGUUUCUUGA